AUGGAAUUUACAACUGAACUUAUGUACAACAGCACGAUUACCAACGACACUGAUAAGGAGCUUACUGAAUUAGAAGAGAUAAUUUUCCUUACUGAUCAGAUUCUCACGUAUUUGACCAUCAUAUUAAUAAUGUUGGGAAUGGGUGGAGCGACAGAACUUGGUGAACUUAGGCGAACUCUGAGGCGUCCAUGGGGGAUCAUAAUUUGUUGGUUAUCGCAGUUCGGAUUGAUGCCCUUGGUAGCGUUCGGCAUUGCACAUGCAGCUGAUUUAAGGCCUGAGUUGGCCAUCGGUUUGAUUAUCCAGUGCAGCUCACCUGGAGGAAGCAUGUCCAAUGUAUUGGCUUACUAUGCAAAAGGAAAUAUAUCACUCAGUAUCUGUCUGACAACCUGUUCUACCAUAUUAGCUGUUGGGGCCAUGCCACUUUGUUUGUUUUUAUAUGGACGCAGCUUUGUCACGGGUGCCAGUGAGGGCACUAUUGUCAUCCCUUACGUCACAGUUAUUAUAUCGUUGGUUCUCAUACUAGUACCCGCCGGCAUUGGACUUGUUCUCAAAUACAAAGUAAUUCCCAAAUAUAUCAAUAAAGUAACACAGGUGUGUUCAUUAAUUGGCACACUCGGUAUACUGGUCGGUAUUGUAUUACGUGCCAUCGUCAAUCCAGGGGUGUACACGUCAUCGGCAAUAGAAGUGUGGCUCAUCACCAUAAGUCUUCCUGUAUUAGCUGGAGCCAUCGGUUUCACGUGCUCAAGCAUCAUUCGUCUUCCGUGUUCCAGUAGACGCACAAUCGCCGUAGAAACCAGCUGUCAGAACGUUGCUCUAGCCCUCACUAUCAUCAACUCUGCGUUCCCAGCAGGGCCUCUUCGUGCCGAGAUGCAGAUCAUCUCAUCCCUCUACGGUCCGAUAUUGGCAAUUGAAAUGUUGGUCGUCAUUGGGGUCUUUCGCUUCUUCCUUGCACGUGGUUACUGUGGAUGUUGCAAUUAUGGCGACAAAGAAGACGAUAAAGAUGAGAAUGAAAACGGUAAAGAAUACCUUGGGGGCAGUAGUGGUGCUAUUGAAGACAAAGAUGCUCUCAAAAUGAAAGAAAGCGCUAUCAAUGGAAUCGCGUAUGCGCCUGAAAUAUCACAUAGAAGCAUAGUGAAAAAAGUGAACGAAGUGGGAACGAAUACAGAAUUCGAGUACACUAAUUUUGCAUUCGAGGAUUUCGAAGAGCAAACAAAGAAUGCAUCUGUUAAUACUGACGUCACAUUAUUGUAA